AUGGGCACAACAACAAAUAUCGUUUGGUUACAAAAUGAACACGAUGAACCGAUUCCCAAUGAAUUGCGUUCCUAUACAGCUCUAUUCACUAGCGAAGAUGUUUGUUAUCAAUUUAUAUCUUCGUUACCGUCGACAUUACGUGGUUUAACACUUGUUAUUACUGAUUCAACUAUAUCGAUCGAUCGCUUGUUGAAAUUAAAACAAAUCUCGACUGUUUAUAUCCUUUCAUCGAGCAAAUCGCCUGUUAAAACUUCUUCGAAGAUUCACGGCUGUUACAAUGACCGGCAAUCAUUGAUUGAGCAAAUAGUCAUUGAUUUAAAUCGAACAAAGCUGUCACCACCGGGUUUUUUCAAUGGAUUUAUCGCACCAUUUCAAGGUUUCCUCUUUAUUCUUACACAUCCGUCGACAUGGAUACGAGCACUUGUUCCUGCGAUUAUUUUCACUCUUCUUCUUUUCGCGUUCUCAGUUCCAGGUGUUUGGGGAAUGCAUCUAUUUACAAAUCAUUUAACCCAACGAUACAACUCUCGUUGGAUGUACUACGGUAUAUGGAUGCUUCGGUUCCUGCUAUACGCAGUUGCCAUCUUCCUUUCAUUACUCUUGGCAUUUCUCACCGCACAGCCAUUGAGUUCACCAGCAUUGGAAAGUCUUGUUCGUGCUCAAGAACGCGAAUUGAAAUAUCCGAAUCGGCCUGAAGAAUCGUUCUGUGCAAGUGUAUGGCGAAGUAUUCGCGUCGCUCUUGUUUCAAUAGUUGUUUCGUGUCCCGUGCUACUCAUUUUAACAUUAACAGCAUUCUUCUUUCCACCGGCUGCUUUUCUCACAAUCCCACUGAAAUUUCUUUUCACCGGCUUCAUAAUUGCUUAUGAUAUCAUCGAUUAUCCUCUAUCAUUACACUUACUUGGUGUACGUGAACGAACGCCGUGGUUCAAACAUUACCGAUGGGCAACACUUGGUUUUGGUUUAUCGAUGGAACUUAUCUUUUUUAUUCCCGGCGCUUUUCUUCUUCUUCUACCGGCAGGUGUUUGUGGUGCGACGAUUCUCGUUGUUGCAGCAGAACGUGCACAAAUCGAACAACCUCUAUUACUUAUCGAAGCACCUAUCAAAUCGUAA